AUGGCAAAUAAGACAAAGACAACUCAAAAACUUCGUCGAAAUGAACGAGAGCGUAGACGUGUUCAUCAGGUUAAUCUUGGUUUCAACACAUUGCGUGAUCGCGUCCCCCAUCCGAAAGGAACAAAACAAAAACUUUCAAAGGUUGAAACCCUUCGUGAAGCAGCUCGCUACAUUGAAUAUCUCCGCUCAAUCCUUGGAGAAAAUACUUUUGGGGCAUGUAUGUCAUCCACUUUUUCAAACGGAUCAUUUGAUAUGACCAAUGAGUUGAUGUCAUUUCUACCACCCAUCUCCUCGUCGUCUUCAUCGGCUUCAUCGCUAGUUACCUCAUGCUAUUACAUGGGAAAUGACGGUAUGAAUACCUCCCCAUGUGCUUCUUCAUUUUAUGGUAGCGAAACUUCCUUUGAUGAGACAACUCUUCAAUAA